GGGCCGGGGGGUCCCCCCGGUUAUUGGGGGCGGCGGGAGGAGGAGGAGGAGAAGCGGCCAUGGCGGAGGAGAAGAAGGCCAAGCCCAGCCCCACGCAGCUGCCGGCGGAGUCGCUGCGCGCCAUGGCCGAGGCGCUGGGGCUGGGGGUGGCCGAGGACACCUGCCAGCUGCUGGCCGAGGAGGCGACCUACCGGCUCAAGGAGGUGGCCCAGGACGCCCUCAAGUUCAUGCACAUGGGCAAACGCCGCAAACUCACCACGGGCGACGUCGACUUCGCUCUCAAGCUCAAAAACGUGGAGCCCCUCUAUGGGUUCCACGCGCCCGAGUUCAUCCCGUUCCGCUACGCCAGCGGCGGGGGCCGCGAGUUGUAUUUUUACGAGGAAAAAGAGGUGGAGCUGAGUGACAUCAUCAACACGCCCCUCCCCCGCGUGCCCCUCGACGUCUGUCUCAAGGCCCAUUGGCUCAGCAUCGAGGGGGUGCAACCGGCGAUCCCCGAAAAUCCCCCCCCCGCCCCCAAGGAGCAGCAGAAGGCCGAGGCCACCGAACCGCUCAAGGCCACCAAACCGGGGCAGGAGGAGGACGGGACCCCCAAGGGGAAGGGACAUGGGGGGCCCCCCCCCGAUGGAAAAGGGAAGGAGGCGGCGGGCGUGCGGCUGAAGCCGCGGCGGGUGCACGAGCUGUCAGUGGAGCAGCAGCUCUACUACAAGGAGAUCACCGAGGCCUGCGUGGGGUCCUGCGAGGCCAAACGCGCUGAGGCCCUGCAGAGCAUCGCCACCGACCCCGGCCUGUACCAGAUGCUCCCGCGCUUCAGCACCUUCAUCUCCGAGGGGGUGCGAGUGAACGUGGUGCAGAACAACCUGGCGCUGCUCAUCUACCUGAUGCGCAUGGUGAAGGCGCUCAUGGACAACCCCACGCUCUACCUGGAGAAAUACCUGCACGAGCUGAUCCCGGCCGUCAUGACGUGCAUCGUGAGCCGCCAGCUCUGCCUGCGCCCCGACGUCGACAACCACUGGGCCCUGCGGGACUUCGCCGCGCGGCUGGUGGCGCAGCUCUGCAAGAACUUCAGCACCACCACCAACAACGUGCAGCCCCGCGUCGCCAAGACCUUCACCAAGAGCUGGGUGGACGACAAGACCCCCUGGACGACGCGUUACGGCUCCAUCGCGGGGCUGGCGGAGCUGGGCCCUGACGUGAUCAAGACGCUGAUCCUGCCGCGGCUGCAGGCGGAGGGCGAGCGCAUCCGGAACAUUCUGGAGGGUCCCGUCGUCAGCAACAUCGACAAGAUCGGGGCCGACCACGUGCAGACGCUGCUGCUGAAGCACUGUGCCCCCGUGCUGGCCAAGGUGCGCCCCCCCCCCGACACCCCCGACUCCUACAAGAGCGACUUCGGCUUCCUGGGGGCCACGCUGUGCGCACACGUGGUGAAGGCCCGGGCACAGGCCGCCAUGCAGGCCCAGCAGGUCAACCGCACCACCCUCACCAUCACACAGCCCCGGCCCACGCUGACCUUGACCCAGGCCCCCCAGGGUCAGGGGGGCCCCCCCGCCCGGGUGCCCCCCCCCGGCAUCAUCAAGGUCCCCGGCGCCAUCACCCUGCCCGUCAUGUCCCGGCCGGCCACGCCCACCCAGCCCUCCCCUCCCCCCACCAAGUUCAUCGUCAUGUCCUCGGCAUCGGGGACCAGCGCGUCACAGCAGGUGAUCACGUUCAGCACCAGCCCGGCUCCCGCCGCCACCUCCCCGGUCACCACCAGCGUCCCCAGUGUCCCCAGCGUGCAGCCCGUGGUCAAACUGGUGUCGGCCGCCCCCACGGUCCCCAGCGCCACCGUCAGCGGGGUGGCCGGCAGCGUGCAGAAGUACAUCGUGGUGUCCCUGCCCCCCGCCGGCGACGCCAAGGCCCCCCCCGGCCCCCAGCUGUCCCCCCCCGCCCCCGCCGGGGACAGCCCCCAGCCCCCCCCCGGCACCAGGAGCAACGGGGGGGUGGCCCAGUCCCCCCAGUCUGCCCAGUGACACCGGGCCCCUGUGACCCCCCCACUGUCCCCAGUGUCCCCCCAGUGACACCGGGCCCCUGUGACCCCCCCACUGUCACCAGUGUCCCCCCAGUGACACCGGGUCCCUGUGACCCCCCCAGUGUCACCAGUGUCCCCCCAGUCUGCCCAGUGACACCGGGCCCCUGUGACCCCCCCAGUGUCCCCCCAGUCUGCCCAGUGACACCAGGCCCCUGUGACCCCCCCAGUGUCACCAGUGUCCCCCCAGUGACACCGGGUCCCUGUGACCCCCCCAGUGUCCCCCCAGUCUGCCCAGUGACACCGGGCCCCUGUGACCCCCCCAGUGUCACCACUGUCCCCCCAGUCCCCCCAGUGACACCGGGUCCCUGUGACCCCCCCAGUGUCACCACUGUCCCCCCAGUGACACCGGGUCCCUGUGACCCCCCCAGUGUCCCCCCAGUGUCCCCCCAGUGACACCGGGUCCCUGUGACCCCCCCAGUGUCCCCCCAGUGUCCCCCCAGUGACACCGGGCCCCUGUGACCCCCCCAGUGUCCCCAGUGUCCCCCCAGUGACACCGGGCCCCUGUGACCCCCCCAGUGUCCCCAGUGUCCCCCCAGUGACACCGGGUCCCUGUGACCCCCCCAGUGUCACCACUGUCCCCCCAGUGACACCGGGUCCCUGUGACCCCCCCAGUGUCCCCAGUGUCCCCCCAGUGUCCCCCCAGUGACACCGGGGUCCCCUGGGGUCCUUGUGACCCCCCCAGUGUCACCAGUGUCCCCCACUGUCCCCCCAGUCUGCCCAGUGACACUGGGGUCGCUGUGUCCCCCCAGUGUCCCCUGGGGUCCCCCAAUGUCCCCCCAGUGUCCCCAGUGUCCCCCCAGUCUGCCCAGUGACACCGGGGUCCCCAAUGUCCCCAGUGUCCCCCGCAGUGUCCUGGGACCCCUGGGGGUGACACCCCCCCCACACCCCCCGGAACUACAUGUGACUGCCUGUAAAUAACCAAUAAACUCCCAGUUCAGCCCAGUG